AUGGUGGAUAGUAAUUUGUAUGUGAAAUCGACUGUAGAUAGUCAGAUUGUAGUAGUUGUGUAUGUAGAUGACAUCAUUUUUGGUGGCCACAAGGAUGAGAUGUGUAGAGACUUUGCAGAGAAGAUGCAGGUAGAAUUUGAAAUGUCUAUGUUGGGUGAACUCUCAUUCUUAUUGGGGCUACAGAUCAGUCAGCUAAAAGAAGAAAUUUUUAUUUAUCAAUCCAAGUAUGUGAGAGAAAUGUUGAAAAGAUUCACCAUGGAAGACUGCAAACCUGUCAGUACACCCAUGAUGACUGGAUGCAAGUUGACUAAAGAUGAUGCAUCCCCAUCAGUUGAUCACACCACUUAUAGGUCAAUGAUUGGAAGUCUCUUGUACUUAACAGCUAGUAGACCUGAUAUUUUGUAG